AUGGGUGAGCCCACUUUGCAGGCCCUUGUACUUCAGACAUACGCUUUCUACAUAAAUACAGCAUUGUAUUCAUUCAGCAACUAUGUAUUCAUGAGAGAGACUUGGAAGCUGCAGCUACCAAAGACGUUGAAGGAGAUCCUAGCAGUGCCAGAUCAAAUAAUAAGCCAGCCUUCGUCUGUCAACCAGAAUAUCGGUAUUUCCACAGCAACCAGCAUUCAACAUAAUAAUGCCAAGCGGCCCUCAUCAAUCAGUCCGCAGCAGCAGCAACCAGUGCCUCAUUACCCUCUUUGUGAAAUACCACCGCAGUUCCGACACCAGGAACAGAAGCAUCUUGUGAAGUGUGGUCAGCAGUUACCUAGCAUUGCAGCCAACCUGGGGUUAGCCACUAAAGUAUUGAACAGAUCCAGAAGCAGCACUGUGGUUUACCAGGAGGGACCCGUGACAGAAGUGCAGGGAAGUUCUAAAGAACAUCCAGAGCUCAAUCAUGGUAGCCUAGGCUCUCACUAUGAAAACACCCACUGGGGGCCGGUCUCUUCCAAUGGUGAUUCUAGCACUACCUGGGAAAAAGUCAUUGUAGACGGCACAGAAAAAGUGUGGCCAUCGAUCACAGGCACUAGCUCCGAGUUGACCUCAGAAUGUAUGGAUAUUGACUCUUCCCCCAGCUCUGGGGCAGGAAAGAGCCACCUAGUGCCGUUUGGGGAUACCACAGAGGAAAUGGAUACUAUGAGAAAUGGCAUUGGACAUAGUUCUCAGAGCAAACUUUUGGUUGGCAACAACAGCAAUAAUGCAGGCAAUGGAAGUAUUAAUGGGCCGUGGGCCGUGACCCAUGGAACUGUAAUAAGCACAUGUCAAGAUGGCCCCGAUAGCAAUUCAGAUAGUAGGCACAACAGGAUUAAUGCUUGGGGCACCGUGAAUACUUCAGUGAACGGAGUUCUAAAUCCAAGCACUUUGAAUAUGAAUGGCAACCAUGGUGCCUGGCCCAUUUUGGAUAGCAAUGGACAUGCCCUUAAAGGGUCAAAUAAUUCUGGCACAAAUGUUCCAAGCAGUACUAUAGGUCAGGUGUCUAACAAUCGGAGUAUUAACCCUAAAAUGGGCAGCUCAGCCCCUGGCUCCUGGGGAAAUCUUCAGGAGAAUGGGGAUCCUGAACUCAGUGGAACACGGAAGGCUUCUUUUAGUGGGCGACCUCAAAACCUUAACACUGAAAUGACUGGACCAAAUAACACUACUAACUUUAUGACCUCUAGUUUACCAAACUCUGCUGGCUUAUUGCAGACAAAUGAACUCCCUAAUUCUACAGGGCAUGGGGCUUGGAGUGUGAGCAAUAUGAAUCAUUCUCCUCUUCACACCCCUUCAGUUACAAAUGGCACUUCCAUUCCUCACCUAAGUAACGGUGAGGAAAAAAACAGCGGAUCAUACGGUACUACAUGGGGUACUUCCGGCUCCUCUUAUUCUGGAGAUAAGAUUUCAGUCCCUAAAGGGCAAGCUAAUGGUGACACUGUGAAUGCGACUAUAAUGCAGCCAGGCCUAUAUGGGCCCAAUGGCCCAAACAAUAAAAUAAACGGGAAUAAAGGAGGAUUGUGGGAGUCAGGGACUGUAAACUCCCAAAAUAUGCAUUGGGGAAGUGGAAAUGCAGGAACUUCUGGUGGAAGUCAACGAGGAUGGGGAAACGCAGCACAAAACACUGGCACUAAUCUUUCAAAUGGUGGUUGGAACAAAUUGCCUAACAAUCAGCAUUCCAAUGAGGGGGAAAACAAAGAAAAUGGUAGGAAAACGUCAAAUACGUGGAAGUCUGCUGAGGAAGAGAAUGCAGGGCAAAUUUCAGCAGGAUCCAAAGGCAUUGAGGCAAAUGUAUGGGCCAAAACUACAGGUACGGGGGAAAGUGAAGGUAGUGUAGACAGCACUGGAAGUCAGAGUGAAUAUGGGACCGGACACGGGCUUCAGGAAAUAAGGAAGACGGACCAGCAAACUUUACUCCAAAGUAUUGUAAAUAAAGGCGACCUAGAUCCACGGGUCUUGUGCAACACUGGCUGGGGACAGAUUCCAAUUAAACAGAACACUGCCUGGGACACUGAUGCUGCUUCGUCUCUGAGCAACAGAAAAACUGACAAUGGAACAGAAGCUUGGGGAUGCUCUGUAUCAAAGACUUCUAACUCAGGGGGAUGGGUGGAUAAGCCCAACCCUAACAGCAAUGAUACCUCAUCAGUAUCUGGGUGGGGAGAUCCAAAGUCUGCUACAGGGUGGGGUGAUGCCAAAGGCGCAGUAAGCCAAGGGGAAUGGGAAGAUCAAUUUGCUGCUACUACUGGAAUGGUCAAGAGCAAUCAAUCAUGGGGGAAUAAUAAAGAGGACAAAUCCAAUUGGAAUGAUGCACAAAAGGUCAAACAGGGGUGGGGGUCACACAGUGGUGACAGCUGGGGAGAGAAUUCAAAGAGUAAUCACUGGGGAACAGCAAAGUCAAGUUCUAGCAGCGACAGCGAGAGAUCUGUAUCUGGUUGGAGUGAGCCUAGUCGUUCCAACUCCUGGGGAAGCGGAAAUCAAAAUAAUGCAUCAAGCUGGGCUGAACCCUCCAAGUCAACUUCAGCUCAAGGGUGGGGUGAGCCAAAAAAGCCUAACCAGGGGAAUGGGGAUGUUUCCAAAUGUGGCCCGAACCACAUGGAGAGCGAACAUCUGCAAGCAAGCUCUGCAGAAUGGAACAAAAAGCAAGAAAGUGGGUCAUGGGGGGCACAGCCAGCCACCAAUAAGUCUUCUGGGUGGUCGGGUGGAUCACUGUCAACUCCAACAAAGGAAGAUGAGCCAACUGGUUGGCAAGAGCCAUCACCAGAAUCCGUACGGCGCAAAAUGGAAAUUGAUGAUGGGACUGCAGCCUGGGGUGAUCCCAACCAAUACAAAUUCAAGAAUGUGAACAUGUGGGAUAAAAAUACAUCUAAAAACAUGAGUGCUGAGGAACACCAAGGCCAGGUUUAUGCAUUGCCCCCAACUUCAAGUACUAUGCCAAAUAAGGAAAGCAGCAGCAGCAACAGCAACAGCUCUGGCUGGGGUGAAACGUGGUCAGAAAGCAGAGCUCCUGUUGUGGAUAAUGGUACUGCAGCAUGGGGUAAACCUGUGGAAUCUAGUGGUGGUUGGGGUAAUCGCAGCACCAACGGUGUGACAUCGGGUUGGAACCACACUCCCAUUGGCCAACAAGCUCCUGGAAAACCUGGUCCCAAAUCUAUGCAAGAUAGUGGCUGGUGUGGUGAUGAUACGUCCGGGCCCGGGAGCAGACAUGGUAGUUGGGGUGAGGAUGAAGAUGUGGAAAUUGGGAUGUGGACCAGCGGUUCAUCACAGGAGACCAACCAAUCAGUUAACUGGCCGCCUUAUAUGAAGAAAAUGCCUACAAAGGGACCCUUAAAGAAUGGAAAUAAGCAAGAGGAGAACUGGAUGAAUCCAUUUGUAAAACAAUUCAGCAAUCUGGGAUUUUCAAGAGAGUCACCGGAGGACUCCUUGCAGAGCAAUAAGAUGGAGCUGUCUGGAGGGAUUUUGCCCGACAAACGGAUGGAAAUGGACAAAUCCGGCCUUGGCAUAGGGGAUUACAGUCGUGUGAUUGGCAAAGUUCCAGGUCCUCGGCACCAUCCUAAAGAGUCUUCCAUGGAUUUCAAUGCUUACUUUGAUAAGGAUGGUAUUGUAUCAGAAGAGCCGCAAAGCAUGCAGUUUAUUUCCAAUCAGAACACGAAGCUUCCCCCUUUGAAUAGUGCACUAUCUUCUCAGUCCCUCAGCUCUUUCCCAGGGCUGGGAAUGCCAAACGUCAAUUCUGUGAGACAGAAUGGCAAUCCCAGUAUGUUUGGUGUUGGCAAUGCAGCACAAGCCAGGGGCGCACAGCAGCCUCCAGCACAAUCUCUUAACUCAUCUCAGCCUAACCUUCGUGCGCAAGUGCCUCCUCCCAUUAUACCCCCUCAGGUUCCUCCUUCUUUACUGAAGUAUCCGCCAGCCAAUGGUGGUCUGAACCCCCUUUUUGGCCCCCAGCACGUAGCCAUGUUGAACCAGCUUUCCCAAUUAAACCAGCUUUCCCAGCUGCAAAGGUUAUUGAAUCAGCAGCAGAAGAUUCAGAACCAGAGGGGGGUGCCUUCAGGAGGUCGCCAACAACAUGAGCAGGCCCGGUCUCUUGGUACGCAGCAGCCGGCACGUCAGCUUGAUCCCAACCUGCUGAUGAAGCAGAGCAUUUCUCAAUCACAGCAGCAAAUGCUUCACCAGCCUCCCAUGAAAUCCUUUCUGGAGAAUGUGCUGCCCCACUCUGCCCCUGAGCUACCAAAAGUCCCUUCACCAAUCAGUUCUUUUGGUGGCUUCCCUUCAGGCUUGAACUCAAAUUCGAAUGUAAAUAUGGAUCUCGGAGUUGUAAAGGAGCCACAGUCACGACUGAGGAAGUGGACAACAGUUGACAGCAUGUCUUCUAAUACUUCUCUGGAUCAAAAUUCCAGUAACCAUGGUGCUAUUUCAAGUGGUUUCAGGCUUGAAGAUUCUCCUUUUGGUUCUUAUGACUUUAUGAACAGCAGUAACUCUCCAUCCAGCCCUCCAGGAUCUAUUGGGGAUGGCUGGCCUAGUGCCAAAUCGCCAAAUGGCUCCAGCAGUGUCAACUGGCCCCCUGAAUUCCGUCCGGGUGAGCCAUGGAAAGGAUAUCCAAACAUUGACCCAGAAACUGACCCUUAUGUCACUCCUGGCAGUGUCAUCAACAAUUUGUCAAUUAAUACUGUGCGGGGUGUUGACCACCUCAGGGACAGAAACAGUGGGUCAUCCUCAUCUUUGAACACCACGCUGCCUUCAACUAGUGCCUGGUCCUCCAUUCGUGCCUCCAACUACAGUGUCUCCCACAGCAGUACAGCACAAAGCACUUCAGUAAGAAACAGUGACCCCAAACCUGCUUGGUCUCCUGGUUCCGUCGCUAACACUUCUCUGGCUCAUGAACUGUGGAAAGUCCCUUUGCCAUCUAAAAACAUCAGUGCUCCGUCCAGGCCUCCCCCAGGGCUGACUGGUCAGAAGCCACCUUUAUCCACCUGGGAUACCAACUCCCUGCGUCUUGGUGGGUGGGGAAGUUCUGACUCAAGAUACACACCAGGUUCUACCUGGAGUGAAAACAGCUCAGGGAGAAUAACAAAUUGGCUCGUUCUGAAAAACCUAACACCUCAGAUUGAUGGCUCUACUCUGCGUACUUUGUGCAUGCAGCAUGGGCCUUUGAUAACAUUCCACCUGAACCUGCCCCAUGGUACUGCUCUUGUCCGUUACAGUUCCAAGGAAGAGGUAGUGAAGGCACAAAAGUCUCUGCACAUGUGUGUUUUAGGGAACACUACUAUACUUGCUGAGUUUGCCAGUGAAGAGGAGAUAAGUCGUUUCUUUGCACAAGGCCAGUCUCUGACUCCUUCCCCUGGCUGGCAGUCCCUUGGGUCUGGGCACAGCCGACUGGGAUCCCUAGACAGUCCUCACAGCAUCUCGAACCGUGGAGAUAUCAAUCACUGGAACAGUCCAGGAGCUUCUGGCUCUAGCUCUGGAGACCUUCAUGGCACUUCUCUCUGGGGCACCCCAAAUUAUUCAACAAGCUUAUGGGGUAACCCCAGUAAUGAGGGCAGGGGCUUGAGCAGUCCAUCACCUGUCCCCGCUUUCCUUUCUGUUGAUCAGUUAAACGGAGAGCCCAUGUAGCCUUUCUUUCUAUGACCUCAGCUGAUAUUUGCUAAAGCAGCCCAUUGGCUGGACUGUUCACCCUAAAAAGAAUAUAUAUCUGCAGGCUCUGCAGACAGCUCUUCUGCACACUUCCCACUUUUGUUUCAGCCCAAAACAUAUCAGUUUGAAAUACUUGAAUCACGCAGGCCAAUAUUAUAAUGUGAAAAAAGAAAAAAUUCUAUAUAUAUAUUUACACUUCCACGUUUAGUGCUCUUCAUACGAUAGCGGCGUACAGUGAGCUGUGUGUAGGUUCCCAAUUCCAUUUCCCCCCCCCCCCCCCCCCCCAUACUUUAUAUUUUCCUGACAGAGUUCGAGCUACAUUUCUUAUAUAUUUUUUCUUUGCACUGGACGGUGCUCCGUACAUUAUUAUUUUUUUUUUUUUAUUUGAGAGAAUUAGAAGCAACAGCUCAAGUGUAAACUGUUUACUCUUAACGUGUGUACUUAUAAGCAGAAACCAGAUAACUGAUAAUGCUCAUUAUUUCUAAGAUGCCUUGAUGUACCUACCUUAUUGUGGUAUUACAAAGUUCUAGCUGCUUCGCAGCGUCAGACCUCAGUGGCGUAUUGCAGAGCAACACCCCACUGACAGCUCCUGCGCUGCAAAGCCGUAACCAUAACUGACGGUUAAAACUUAGUUUUUAAAGAAAAAAAGAGAAAAAAAUGAAAAGUAUUGCACCAGGUUUUCGUGACUAAACCUAAUAGAAUUUAGCUCUACAGUUUUAAUAAAAAAAUAAAAAUUACAAAAAAAUAUAAAAAAAAAAUUUAUACUGAAAAAAUACUAAAAAAAAAAGGUGGCCACAGCUGUGACGUACGCCCUACAUGUGCCAGUAGGGGGCAGCACUUUCAAAAAAAGGCUUUGCAUUUUCUUUUUAAGAGAUUCCCAUUGUUUGGGUUCUCUUGUUUACAGAAUGUUUUUUUUUUUGUUUUGUUUUUAUUUUAUUUUUAGUUUUUUUUCUUUUGUUCGUUCGAUGGGGAGGGAAAGUGGGUUCUUAAAAAAUUACUUUUUGUUUUGAAAUCAAUGUUUACUCUUCCAUGGAUUUAAGGAGAUAAAAAACUAAAAAAAAAAAAAAUACUGAAAAGUACUUGUGGUAAGGAUGAGAUCUCUCUGGGAGUCGCAGUGUUUGGUCGUUUUAUUUUCCCCCGUUUUUUCCCCCCUUUCCCCGCGUGUGUGCGAUUCCCAACUUGUUAAAUAAAAUGGGGAAAAAUGGCUCUCAGGAACAAGAUAAAAUAACACUUUCCUUCUCCCCGCUGUACAUACAUAUAAAUAUAUACGAGAAUCACAGAAAUGCAACGUUUAGCACUAACCGUGCUGAUUACUCAAAGACUUUCCUCUCUGCCAAAAACUCCCCCAUUAAAGCUUUCUAAAGCCAAGAUUAACCGUAAAAUAUAAAAUUAAAAAAAAAUCCAAAAAAAACAAACUUUCUUUUGCUUUGAUGCUGUGUGUUAGUGAGUAGCCUGGAGAUUUGCCCAUAACCAGUAUAGACUCGGGUUUGGUGUUCCUUUCAGUGGUCCUGUGUCUGCUUCGUGACAGUGUUUUAUCCAUGUUCUCGUUCGUUCGUUUUUGUUUGUUUUUUUGUUUUUGUUUUUUUUUUAAAAAAAGCCGAUUAUUUAGUAACUAUGCACAUUUAUGCACAUUGUAACAGAGUACUGGGCUGAUGAUGACGAUGAUUUUGGUUUGUUUGUUUUUUGUUUUCUGGUGUGUUGUAUAAAAAAGAAAAAAGUGUAUUUUUUAAAUGUCAAAGUCAAUGAUUGCAAAAAGGAACAAGUUACAUUUUUGUUGUUGCCAUAAAUGGUGUUAUGCUUGUUCGGCCGAUUCAUUCAGACGCUGGACAAGGGUAAAUAUAUGUAAAUCAAACCCCCCCACCCCGUAAUGGUUUUCACCACAGAUAAAGGCCAGGAGUAACCAGCAGAAAUUGCCCCACCAUGUUCCACUACUGAUGUAACCCCGCCCCCUCCGUCGGCAAAAUACUGCAAAGCAGUGCCAUUUCCUGGUCAAGCUAAGACAUAUCGUGUUUGACUUUAAAAAAAAAAAUUCCCUGGUCCUUUAGUAUGUGGUGGAAAAGCUCGCUCUUUGCCCCCUUCAGUGCCAGGGGUGCAGUAAAAAAACAGGAAUUUAGUCGAGUCUCCCUGAUUCGAUCUCUGGGAUAUCCAAAGCCAGUGGUAUUUUUAUCUGAUUGUUUUUAUGUGUAUAUAGAAAUAAUACUCUACAAGGUGCAUUCGAUUUUACUGUAAAAUUCCACGUUCGUUCUUAAAAACUGGGUGCAAUUUGGGUUCCCAGGGACCGAUUCCACUGUCCCCCCUCCCCCCACCUACAAUGUUUGCCAUUUUCUCAUUGCCUUGAUUCAGAUUGCUUUGUGUCAGCUGAUACAAAUCAACUUUUGUGGCUUUUUUAACUGUUUACAAUAGAGAAUGAUUGUACAAUUUACAAUUUUUUUUAAUUGUUUUUGAUGAAGUUCGAACCCGUCGAGCGUCGGCGGCCUCUUCCGCAAAGUGAGGCCCAACCGUCGUGCCCCGAGGGGUCGAGAGAGUAGUGAACCGUGGUUUCUUUCCGCUGCUUAGCAAUUUUUUUUUUUUUUUUUAUUUACUUUUUUUCUGAUUUGGAAGCUGUUUUUAAUGCAGUCUGAAAAGAAAACACAAAGUAGAAAUCUUAAAUCUGCUCGGACUGCGUUUAGUAUUUGUGAUGAAUAAUCAGAGGAGAAGUGUAAUAUUGUACAAUGCGCGGGGCCGGCGCCUCGCCAUGAAACGAAUAGCCUUAGUUUAUCUGGGAUCACCUUAGAGGACUUUGCCAGAACAUGUAUCUAACUGUACUAUCAUGCACUAAGCUCGGAACUUGAAUAUUCUACAGGACACAGCCGCUCGGAAACUUUGCAUUUGAUAUUUAACACUUGAGUCUCUGCUUUUUUAGCGCCUUUAUACCUCAGUUCAAGAACAACCCAGCAGUGACUGAAUAGCAAACCUUUCCUUUUGUUUUUAUUUCCUUAAAGCACAUUUGUCCUGCUUUGUGCGCUGCUUCACGGCACGCCGGUGUUCCUAUUGGGUAGCUGACCUUACCGACUAAGCGCGCUGUGAUCCUCGUACGAUAGUCAUUUCAAGACAAGCCUUCUGUAUUUCAGUAAAACUUAUUUUACCUGUAACUUAUUACAAACAGUACUGUAGUGAAUAAUCGCCCUCUUGCUGUUGGAAUGGGUUUUUUUUGCGCGGUAUUAGGAUGUAUGAACCCGCAGCCCCUCAGUCCGUUCAGCUACGACCCCCUAGCGCCCCCCCGAGAGCCAGCAGGCGCCGCUGGGAGUUGUGGAUGAACAGCAUUGAAAGGCAUUAGGGCUGUCGCCCUUACUCGACAAAGUGUUGCGUUCGGACAGCAAAAGGACUAAUGCGUCGGAGAGGCUUACAAUAAAUUGCAAUUCACGUCUCUCUGUAGGGCUUGAGUUAAAUAUAUAAAGAAAAUGUAAAAAAACAAAAAAAAACCAAAGCUAGCUUGGUGACACUUCACCGGAGGAGAUUAAGGUUUCUCAUUGAUUAGCUGCCCUCCAGACACUUGAAAUAUGGAGUGUUUUAUUUACAGCAGUUUUAUUGUAUUGUUCAAAUGCUUGAAUGCUUCCUGUCUUAUUUUUGUUUGUUUUAUGAAGCUUGUUAUGUAAUUAAUAAAGUAUGGUUGCUCUUA